GAAGUUCCCUUAUUUCACUCGCCAAAAUUUCCAUUUUAGGUGAAGUAUUAGUAAACGUUCACUAUUUCUAAGAGAAUUUAAGUACAGAACUUGUUACAGUGGAGACAUGGCAUGACAACGAAGCUACAACCAGUCUUCGAUGGGCCAGGACAGGCACAUGCUACUCAGUUCCGAGACAUGUGUGGCCUUUUUACAGUGUUUUACAGGGAUCGAACUCACUACUUCAUUAUUGUGUUAUAUAUUAUAAAUAUAUUGUAUAUAUUAACAACAAACACAUACACAGCAUUAUGGCAUCGUAUAGCGUGGAAUACAUUAAUGAACUCCAAUCAAGAUUGAAUGGUAUAAACUCGAGGGAAAUUUGACAGUUAUUUCUCGCAGAACGUACAAGUACGUAGAAGUUCUAUUGCUCCUACGUGGUUGUUUAGUCGAAGAAAAACCAAGACUGAGCAGUCAAGUGCUGAUCAAUCCAUAGUUUUUAACAGAAUAACUACGAAACUCUGUAAUCAGAGCUGAAACUGGCAGAAACAAUUUCGUUUUUUAUACAACAGAAGCAUCAUCAAUAUUUAUCAUCUUUUAAAGACAAAAGAUGUUAUACUGAACAAAUAUAACCAUUUACAUAUAAAUUUAAUGAAUUACGUUGAAAGAUUUCCUCUGGGUAAGAUUAUUAAGCAACAUUUGUGUGUGUCAUUCUCUGGAAUGAGUCCAAUACAAUUCUGCAUUUUAAAUAUAUUCAGGUAGAUUUAUGAAGCACUUUGCAUCCAGAUGAUGGACAUAUAGCAGAAGGAAUAUUUGUUAGAAAUAAAUUAUAGAAAGGAAAGCAGGAAACAUAUAUAUUGUGGUGAGAAAGGAAAAUUUAUUAUUCAAUGAGUUAAACAACUGUUUUUUCUUGGUCUAAAAAGAUGGCAAAAAGCUUAGCAAAGUCUUCAUAUGAAUGUGAUAUCUGUAAAAAGUCAUUAGCCUCAAGAAGUAAUUUAACUGCUCACAUACGUAUUCAUACAGGAGAGAAACCAUUUCGCUGUGAUAUCUGUGGUAAAAGGUUCACUAGAAAAGGUGAAUUACCUGUUCAUUUACGUGUUCAUACAGGAGAGAAACCAUAUCAGUGUGAUAUCUGUGGUCACUCAUUCACUCGUAAUGACAUUUUAAGUACACACAAACGUAUUCAUACAGGAGUGAAACCAUAUCAGUGUGAUAUGUGCAGUAAAUCAUUCGCUAAAAGUACUAACUUAACUGAUCACAAACGCAUUCAUACUGGAGAAAAACCAUACCAUUGUGAUAUCUGUGGUAAAUCAUUCAAUCAAAAUAACCAGUUAAUUAAACACAUACGCAUUCAUACAGGAGAAAAGCCUUAUCACUGUGAUGUCUGUGACAAAUCAUUCUCUCGAAAUGACGAGUUAACUACUCACAGAUACAUUCACACAGGAGAGAAACCUUAUAGGUGUAAUAUCUGUCGUAAAUUAUUCCCUGGAACUAAUGCCUUGACUGUACACAAACGUAUCCAUGUUGGAGAAAGCCGAUAUAUUUGCGAUAUCUGUGGUAAAUCAUUCCUUCGAAACUAUUCUUUGCGUUAUCACAAACGUAUUCAUACUGGAGAAAAACCAUAUUGUGAUAUCUGUGGUAAAUCAUUCAUUCGGAGUAGCGAUUUAAAGGCACAUACACGUAUUCAUACUGGAGAAAAACCAUAUCAUUGUGAUAUUUGUGGUAAAUCAUUCUCUCAACGUACUGCUUUAACUGCACAUAAACGUGUUCAUACUGGCGAAAAGCCUUAUCAUUGUGACAUCUGUGGUAAAUCAUUCUCUAACAGAAAGGUAUUAACUACACACAAAUGUAUUUAUACGGGAGAAAAAUCACAUCAGUGUAAUAUCUGUGGUAAGCCAUUCGCUCAACAUGCUGUAGCAAUUCAUUUCUGUAUUCUAUGAGAGAAAGAAUCGCCUUGUGGUAGGGAAGAGACUAAAACAUCUCUUAACUGUAAGCAUUCAUACCCAUGUAUGAUGCUAAAUAAUAAGAAAUAAACAAAUCAGAACAUAUAGUCUUUCAUCAUGUUAUAAUAGGAUAGAAGUAUGCCCUGGAUUGUGGGUAUAAAAACAAAACUGGUGGAGCAAUUUUCUGAAUUAUCAUCAUCAAUAUUUUUCUAUGUCCAUUUUCAAUGCUGGAAUGUGUUGGACCACAUUAUCAUCAUCAUCAUCAUCAUCACAUGAUGAUUAUCUCUAGCAUUUUGUCAUUUCAAGUGUAAAUUCCAGAGUUCUGACUGCAAUAGUCUCUUUGUAUUUUUAUAAAUAAUUUAAACUCUAAAUAAAACUGGUUUACUAUGAAA